UCAUUAAUAACUGCCACUACUUUCCCACAUCUCUGUUUCUUGUUGAACCUGUAAAAGAAAAACAGAAACAGAGUUGGUGUGGUGUAUGCCUGCAGACAGCGACUUGCCCAUCUCUUUGGUUAUAACUGUUUCCCAAAGUGCACAGCUUGAAUACAAUACCAUCAUCCAUACUCUCUCCCUCUCUCAAAGCUUCAAUUUCUGAAGCAAUCAGGAAGAGCAGAAACCCUAGCAACCCAUCAUCAUCAUCUACUUCUUCAUACAAAAAAAUUAAUUAAUAAAUAAAUAAAUAAUGGCUGCUCUUAAUCUUCGACAACCACCACCAGAGGAUGAAUGGGUUCACACUUAUCUAAAAUUGCUUCCUCAAUGGAAAACUCUUGCUCUUUCUCACCAGUCAAUGAUACCGAUUUCAAUAUCUAGAGUUAAUCAAUUUGAUGCUGCGAGAUUGGACAUUGAAAUGUCAGCUAUGUUAAAGGAACAAUUGGUUAAGGUCUUUUCUCUAAUGAAGCCAGGGAUGUUAUUUCAAUAUGAGCCGGAACUUGAUGCUUUCCUUGAGUUUCUCAUUUGGAGGUUCUCUAUCUGGGUAGAUAAGCCUACUCCAGGAAAUGCUCUCAUGGACCUGAGGUACAGAGAUGAACGUGCAAUGGAAUCAAGAGGAAAAGUUAGAACAGGUUUGGAAGGACCUGGACUGACCAUUGCACUGAAAAUUUGGUAUUGCAUUGCCACUGUUGGUGGUCAGUACACCUGGGCUCGCAUACAGUCAUUCUCUGCUUUUCGUAGAUGGGGUGAUUCUGAACAGAGGCCACUGGCAAGGCGUGCGUGGAUUUUGAUACAACGUGUUGAGGGGCUUUAUAAAGCUGCUUCAUUUGGCAACCUGCUAAUAUUUCUUUACACAGGACGAUUUAGAAACCUCAUUGAAAGAGUCUUGCAAGCAAGGCUCGUCUAUGGAAGCCCUAAUAUGAACCGAGCAGUUAGCUUUGAGUACAUGAAUCGCCAGUUAGUGUGGAAUGAAUUUUCGGAGAUGUUGCUGCUACUUCUACCUCUUCUUAACUCCUCGUCUGUUAAAAAAUUUCUUAGCCCAUUUUCGAAGGAUAAAUCUUCAAGCUCCAAAGUAGAUGAUGAUACUUGUCCAAUUUGCCAGGCAAUUCCAACAAUUCCAUUUCUUUCUCUUCCCUGUCAGCACAGGUACUGCUACUACUGCCUUAGAACACGAUGUGCUGCAGCUCCAUCAUUCCGCUGUCCCAGAUGUGGAGAGCCAGUGGUUGCUAUGCAGCGCCAUGGCAGUUUAGCCAGUAAUACAAAUCCGAACCAAUGAGUACUGUAGGGUGGUAGGAUGGAGUGGUAGAGUACUGUAUAAAAUAUGCCAAGAAAUAGGCAUACAAUAUAAUCAAGUGAUUACGUUUUUUCUGUAGAAGUAUUUAUCCCCCUAAUCAAGUUGGGGAAUCAUUCUUUGCCAUCUUUAUGUGACCUUGAAUAUUCUUUUCAACGAUACCACCAAUUCUUCAAAAACAAGGAUUAAAAUUUCCUUCUUGAUUAA